CACAAUACACUCAACAGCCGCAAGACCGAAGUCACACAUUAAAUGAACAGAGAGCAAACAAAGAUGGACGUAGUUCUUCUGCUCAUCAUGGCUGCACCAGGCAAGUGUUUUAUAUUUCUUUAUAUUAUUUUAUUACAGUACAUUGAGAUAUCAGUGUAUAGUGUAUAUUAUAGUCCAGUGAUUCCCAACCUGAGGGUCAGGCCCCUCCAAAGGGCCACCCGGUAGAUCUGAGGCGUUGUGAGAUAAUUAAUUGGAGAGAGAAGAUGGUAAACUAAGUUUAAUAAAGAAUGAUUAACUGUAUUUUAAGAUAACUAUCAUAUGUGUUCAGUAAAGUACAAGAGUAAAAUGUAAAUGUUAAAUUUACCACUGAGUCACAAUGACACGUCUGAAUACACUGAAAUGUGAUGUUACAAAGUCAAGUUACAGCCUAAAUCUAAUCAAUGUGCAUGUGUGUGUCACUACAGGGCUGUGUGCUGUCUCAUCACAUGCUGAACGUCAGUACCAUUUUAUUUAUGAUCUGAAGACCAUGACUGAAGCACAAAGUUACUGCAGAGAGAAAUACACGGACCUGGUCACUGUACACAACAUGGAGGAUGUGAACACCCUGAUCGACAUGUGGGAUUCAAACAGAAUGAAAAACCCAGAUUACAGCGACUUGGCCUGGAUAGGUCUUUACGAUGACCUGGACAGCUGGAGGUGGUCACUGUCAGACAGAAGUUUCUACAAACCCGGGGAGACAGACUUCAGACGAUGGAUUCGUAGACAACCAAACAACAGAUUAUCAAAACAACACUGCACAGCCAUUACUAGUUUUGGAAAAUGGGGGGACCACUCAUGUGAAGAUUAUUUGUGGUCAAUGUGCUUCGAUGUCAGAGGACCGAAUGUGACAUUUGUCUUGAUCAACAUCCCGAUGAUAUGGACUGAGGCCCAGAGCUACUGCAGAGCAAACUACACAGACCUGGCCAGUGUGAGGAACAUGGCAGAGAACCAGAAGAUACACGAUCUGUUACCUACUGAGGGCGCAUCCUGGAUCGGACUUUCCAGAGACUCCUGGAAGUGGUCGGAUGGAAGUAACUCGACAUUUAGCUUCUGGAAGACUGGGGAACCUGACAACAAUGGGAAUGAGGCUUGUGGGGCUGCAAACUUCAAAUCCUCUGGACAAUGGGAGGAUAUUCCCUGUGAUGUGAAGAUACCGUUCAUCUGCUACAGUCCACUUCCAAAGCAAGACAUAAAAGUGUUCAAACUGAGGGUGAAGUCAAGCUCCUCUCUGGAUCUGAACGACCCUGCUGUGCUGGAGAACAUGUUGCUGAAGAUCAAACAGAAGCUGAGGGACCAGGGAUUGGAUGACAACAUCAAAGUGACCUGGAAUAAGCAGCCUGAUGGAAAAGUCUUCUACGAGGAGAAGAAUAAUAAGAAGGAUGAGUUUUAAUGUGGAAUCUCUGUGUCGGUUUUUCUUUCUUUCCUCAAAGUCGUCAUGUAACUGCUCAGAAUAGAGCUGGACAAUCAGCUGAUUAGUCGAUUAGUCGCAACUAUUUUGAUAGAUUUGAUGCUUUUCUUUGUUAUAUAUGAUCAUGAAUCUGUGUUCUUUAGACGGUUGCAUUUAUCUGCUAGGGCUGUGUGAUAUAAUGACAGGAAUGUUUUACUAUUUUAUGACAUUUUAUAUGAUUAGAUUAGAUCAAAUAUGAUAAUAAACUAUAAGAUAAAAUAAUGUUUCACUUAAGGCAACUCCAGUGAAAUAAACACCAAUACAAAAGAUGACCUUUAAUGUUGUGAAGAAACUUUCAAAUCUAUUUUCAGGAGAAAGAAAAUAAUUUCUUAAUUUGAGAGUAAUAUUGCAUCAAAAAAUGUGUUGUUGUCUCGCUGUUAUGUGUUAGAAUAUCUUCAAAUAAUUACAUGCAUGGCGAUUAAAAUAUGAGAUUUUAAUUAAUUUUCUUUGUCUCUGGGGCUUUAUAACAGGCAGUUUCACAAUAUUCUGAAAUGUAAGUGACUUUAUUUAUGUGACUGUAACAUCUUCCAAGCAAAGAUGCUAAAUAUUCACUGGUUCCAGCUUCUCAAAUAUGAAGAGUUGAUGCUUUUCUUUGUCAAAUAAUAUAAACUUAAUAUCUGUGGCAUUUAGACUGUUUGUCGAUGUCGUGAAAAAGCUUUAAAACAUAUUUUCAUUCAAAUUAAAUGUUUUUCAAAUGAGAUGUAUAGAAAAUAAUUACAUGUAUUAUUCGUAUGCUGUCACUUUGUUAGAGAUGCAAACUUUA